AGCAGCUCGCAGUGGUCCUUCAAACCCGGCAGGAGGAGGUUGUGUUGCUGUCCCUGCUCUUUCUGAGACCACCACCACCGCCGCCGCCAAUACCAUGUGGGCGCCUUCCCCCGGGCGUCGCCGCACCCUGGGGCUUCUGCUGCCACUGCUGUUCCUGCUGGGGGCGCUGACGGCGGUCGAGGCCGUGCCCGACACUGACUCCCAACGACCUCUACCAGAAUGGAUGAAUGAUUUAUGGAGUAAGCUGCGUUCCGGCUACGACAGUGUGUCCGGACAUACGGAAUACGUCGACCUUAAGGUGCAAGAGACUCUCAGGGAAGCCCAACGCAACCUGAUUGAAGAUGUCCAGGGCUGGCUUGGUGUGUCCAGGGCUCGGAGGAGUGUCCAGCCCUACCCUCAGCAAACCUACCCCCAGCAAACCUAUACCCAGCAGCCCUAUACUAAAGAGCCUCAUACCCCACAAGCUUAUACCAAAACUUAUACUCAACAAGCUUAUACCCAUACUUAUACUCAACAAGCUUAUACCCAUACUUAUACUCAAGCUUAUACCCACAGUUAUACACCACAGCCUUAUACCCGUACUUAUACUCAGCAACCUUAUACUCAGCAACCUUAUACACAAAACUAUACCCAGCAGCCCUAUACCCAAAAGCCCUAUACCCAAAAGCCCUAUACCCAGCCACCCCCUUAUACCCAAAAGCCCUAUACCCAGCCACCACCUUAUACUCAAAAGCCCUAUACCCAGCCACCACCUUAUACCCAAAAGCCCUAUACCCAGCCACCACCUUAUACCCAAAAGCCCUAUACCCAGCCACCCCCUUAUACCCAAAAGCCCUAUACCCAGCCACCCCCUUAUACCCAAAAGCCCUAUACCCAGCCACCACCCUAUACUCAAAAGCCCUAUACCCAGCCACCACCUUACACCCAAAAGCCCUAUACCCAGCCACCACCUUACACCCAAAAGCCCUAUACCCAGCCACCACCUUACACCCAAAAGCCCUAUACCCAGCCACCACCCUAUACCCAAAAGCCCUAUACCCAGCCACCACCCUAUACCCAAAAGCCCUAUACCCAGCCACCACCCUAUACCCAAAAGCCCUAUACCCAGCCACCCCCUUAUACCCCAAAGCCUAGUGCUAAAGGCGGUUCAGUGUACAAGUUUGUCGGGCUUGAUGAGAACGUCCUGCAGCAGCUUAGAGGUCUACAGUUCCCCGCCCAGCCCGCCAGUGUUACCCUGAUCCAUCACCUCGACCUCCUCUUCUGCCUUGUCACGGAGACCUUCCUCGAUGCCGAUGGUAACCCGCUCCCCGGCAAGACUGGCAGCCUCUACGUCUUCGCUAUCAGGGUGAGUGAACAGUAA